UGAAUGAGUCAGAGAAGCAACAUUUUUUCCCGCCGCAAGAGAGGAGAAGGAAGGUGGUGGAGUGGGAGAACAGUACGAUCGCGUCGGCUGUCGACCAUGAUCUUAUCGAGAUCUCGUGCCAGCCUGGCACUGCAGGCCGAGAAAAGCAAUCUGCGAGAUGGCCGCACUUCCGACAAGUCUCGUGUGCCUGAUGUUGAAGAAUUCAUCAGUAAACAAGAUUACACAGGCGCAGUCACAGUUCUCGAGUUCAAGCGUCUCUCCGGGAAGAAGGACGUGAAACUUUUGGAGUGGCUGGGCUAUAGCUACUUCCAUUAUGGUGCCCACGACAAGGCCUUGGCCAUCUACAAGGAAUUGCUUGGCAUGCCCGAUGCAGAUGAUGUGUACCAUACUUAUUCCUCGGCAUGCUUGUUCUACCUUGCAAAGUACAAGGAGGCAGAGGCGGAAGCCCAGAAAGGACCGAACAUCCCUCUGCAAACCCGAAUCUUCUUUCACCUCGCACAUAAAUUCAACGAUGAGACCAAGCUGAUGCUGUACCAUCAGCAGCUGACUGACUCCACCGAAGAUCAACUAAGCUUGGCCUCCAUACAUUUUCAUCGAGCUCACUAUCAGGAAGCGACGGACAUUUACAAACGGCUUCUUCUCGAGCAUAGGGAUUACCUGGCGCUGAAUGUAUACGUUGCACUUUGCUACUGCAAGCUAGAUUACUAUGACGUCAGCUUGGAGAUACUCGCAGUGUACCUGCAAGCGCACCCUGACAGUGCGCUUGCCGUCAACCUUAAAGCGUGCAACCACUUUCGGCUAUACAAUGGGAAGGCGGCGGAAGCAGAGCUCAAACAGCUUCAACAGCUAACAGGGCAUCAACACCAUUUAGAUAACGAUCUCAUCCGGCACAACUUAGUAGUGUUUCAGAAUGGGGAGAACGCUCUGCAGGUGCUUCCGCCCAUGUUGGAGAGUGAUAUGCCGCCUGAAGCUCGGCUGAAUCUCGUCAUAUACUACCUGCGCAGCAACGAUAUCCAAGAGGCCUACAACCUAAUCAAGGAUCUUGAGCCGGGAACCCCGCAGGAGUACAUCCUGAAGGGCGUUGUGCAUGCAUCAAUUGGGCAGCUUCAUGACUCCACAGAGCACUUGAAGAUGGCCCAACAAUACUUUCAGCUGGUGGGGGCAUCGGCAAGUGAGUGCGACACGAUACCAGGGCGGCAAUGCAUGGCUUCAUGCUUUUUCCUGCUCAAGCAGUUUGAAGACGUGCUCAUCUACCUCAAGUCCGUCAAGACGUACUUCUUCAACGACGUGGACUUCAACUGGAACUAUGGCAUUGCUCGUGCUGCCACGGGCGAGUACAAGGAGGCGGAGGAGACGCUUCUCCUGAUCCACAACGAAAGAUACAAGACGGAAUACUGCUACGUGUCCUGGCUUUCACGAUGCUACAUCAUGAACGGCAAGCCACGCAAGGCGUGGGAGAUGUACCUCCGUAUGGACACGUCAGAUGAAUCGUUUGCCCUCCUUCAGCUCAUCGCCAACGAUUGCUAUCGGAUGGGUCACUUCUUCUACGCGGCCAAGGCAUUUGAUAUUCUCGAGCGCCUGGAUCCCAACCCAGAAUACUGGGAGGGAAAGAGGGGAGCAUGCGUAGGAAAUUUCCAGAUGGUCAUCGCAGGGGAUGAUGAUGAUGAUGAUAAUAACGAUCUUGAUAAUGCUCAUGAUGAUGAUGAGGGCGGGGUGUUCGUCAUGAUGAUGAUGAUGAUGACGAUGAUGACGACGAUGAUGAUGAUGAUGAUGACAACGAUGAUAACGAUAACGAUAACGAUAAUGAUAACGAUGAUGAGGAUGAGGAUGAGGAUGAGGAUGAUGACAGUGACGGUGAUGAUGAUGAUUUCCUGGGAUGAUGGUUAUGACGAGGGCAGCGAUGAUGACGUCAAAGAUGACGGUGCUGCAUGAGCAAGCCUGAGGAAUGGGCAAGGCUAAAUGGCUUGCAAAGCGCUAGCUUUCUGUGGAAUUAUCGCCACUUUUGAUGUGCCUUUCGCAGGGCCUUCCCUCUUUUCAUCACUUUUUUCAAGUUUUUUGCCUCGCAACUUCUGUCCCGUGUACAUGAUGUGUAACUGAAGGCAAGUGCUUGAGGAUGAGUCUGGUAGUUGUUUGUUUUGUUAUUUGAUUUUUUCAAUCUACUGACACUAUUUUGUUUGGGGUAUGGAAGGUGAGAGUACAAUGCAUCAUGCAGUUCUUGUGUUGCAAUGUUCCCAGAUGGAAUAGAAUUGUAAUGAUCAUCUAUCUAUCAGAUGUAGGAGGUGAAAAGUUGUGCAUACAUGGUGGUGUGUAAAGGGGUACAUUUGCUAUCCCCAUUCAGUAUUCCAAUAGACGUUGCUUGGCGAGGACCUCGCAACUUUGACUAUAUUGGUUGGAACUUGGAAAAGUUGGGUCAUGACAUUUUAUUGUGGCACUCCAGAAUCAAACGUCCUCGGUGUU